AUAAAAGGGUCGGUGGGGGAAAGCCCCAGCUGUGCGUAAGCGCGUAAAACCCGUGCGUAACUGUAGAUGUGGUGAGUGUGGAGUGAAGGGGCCCAGAGCAGCCCAUUAGUCAGUUACUCAGAGCGGCUUCCUUCCUCUGCCCUAAUAUGAAUUUAGGGGCUUAUAAAUGCGACAUAAAUAGUUCCCCGAAGAAAGUCCGCUCAAGAAUUUAAACGGACCCAGCUGAGAUUGAAACAUGAAUGUUGUAGUGGGGCUGUCUGUGUUGCUGUUGGUUUUCCUCCAGGAAAACGCCGAGGGAACAGAGCGGAAUAGCGGCUACUGCAUUGGGAAUUCAUGCUUCACCCUGUUCCGGGAUCCGAGAACUUUCACAUCAGCGGAGAGUCAGUGCGGAGUCCAGAACAGUCAUCUGAUGACAGUACGCACCUCUGUGGCCAACGAUGUCCUCUCCGUCCUGCUCGGAAACUUCAGCGGGAGCUUUUGGAUCGGUUUGCACCGCCUGAGCGGCUGCCCGGACUUGUCAGAGGAGCUCCGAGGCUUCCAGUGGGUAACCACAGACACGGAGAGCGACUUCACUUACUGGCUGCCGGGCUCUGACAGCAGCUGCUCCGCGGCUCGCUGCGUCUCUGUGAACAGAGAGGAGGACUUUAGAUGGAGCCAGAAGCCGUGCGACCAGCCGGCAGCCGGCUUCCUCUGUGAGUACAGCUUCACUGAACCCUGCGCUAUUCUGCCACCUGACCCGCGGGAGUCUGUGAUCUACUGGACUCCCUAUGGGUUCGAGGUGGAGGAUAUGCAGUCCUCCACUCUGCCGCCUGGAAGCAUCGCCACCAGAUUCCCAUCCGAGACCAAAUACAUCUGCUCCGUCGAGCAUUGGCUGCAAGCGCCUUGGAGCUGCAAGAUAAAAGAAGGUGGGUGUGAGCACAAAUGCACCAUGGACCACAGCAACGACCCCAUCUGCUACUGCCCGCCGGGCCAGACCGUGAACCUGGAGAACAGAGUCUCUUGUAAGGCGGGGGCAACAGAUGACCCCUGCGCGGCGCUGCGCUGCCAGCAGACCUGCUACGCGGUCGGAUCUGUCCAUCGGUGCGGCUGCUCCAGCGGCCUGCAGCUGGACGCGGACGGUAGGUCCUGUGUGGACAUCGACGAGUGCCUGGACAAGCGACAGUGUCCCGAGAAGAACUUCAGGUGCGUCAACACAUUGCUCAGCUACAAGUGCGUCUGCGAGAAGGGCUACAAAUUGAUCCUCGGCGCGUGCGUGGACACGGACGAGUGCUCGCACGCGCCGUGCGAGCACUCGUGCACCAACACGCGUGGCAGCUACGUGUGCUCCUGUUAUGAGGGAUAUAAGGUGGAUGAAAAGGCACCAAAUACAUGCAAACUGCACUGCGGGAAGGAGGAGUGCCCCGCGUUGUGUGACCCCAACGACAGAUUCCAGUGCUUCUGCCCGGACGGGUACGUGUUAGAUGAGAGGGGAACCAGCACGUUCUGCAUAGACAUAGACGAGUGCCAUAGCGAGUCUUUUAAUUGCAAUCAGCUGUGCCAAAACACAUAUGGCAGCUAUGCGUGCUCCUGCUAUACAGGAUUCAAGCUAGUUGAUCAGUUCAAGUGUGUAGAGGGUGACGACAAGGUCACUGACAGUUUUCCAAUGACCUCCACUCCAACCAACCCCACAUCACCCACCGCCCCGUACCCCGACCCGACCCGGCGGCCCUCUGGGGUGACAGCUGGGGGUCUGGUGGGGAUCAUAGUGUGUACGGUGUUCCUCGUCGUUCUGGCCGUCUUCGCGGCUCACUUGGGAUUCAACCGCAGAGGGAAGAAGGAGAACGACGCAGGUGCGCUCAAAGGUGGAGAGGAUGAGACCCACGGCUUACAGAGACUGAGCGACAGCCACACGGACCAAGUGGCGUAGAGACGUGUGAAUAUAUGAGCCAAGGCUUCAGAACCAAAUCUAAACACUCAGAGAAAAUCCGUGUGGGAGAAUGUAGGACAGCCAUAGCCAACAGCAUUAAUAAGAAAUAAACGGUGAAGAAACAACGGUUUACAAAAUGAGUUUAUGGGGAUAUUUACCCUUCAACCCACAUACAACCUCUCUCAUGUAAUGAAGUGACAAAGUUUACUUUGAUAUUAAAAUGUAAUAUGAAUGAACAAGUA